UCGGAGGAAUCAACAGCCGCCAUCUUGACGCGGCUCAGAAUCAGGAUUUUGGGAGAGCAUUAUUUUUUAGACCGAAACGAGCCAUUUAGACCGUGCUCAAACGGCUUUAUUCUGCAGAAAAUCGAAGUCUUUAUUCCUUCGGAGAGAAUUGUUGAGAAAAAACGAGGAUUGGAUCAGUUUUUGUCGUCUAGAGAGCCCCUCGUAUAUUUGAUUUCCCCUUCAGAGAGCGCCGCUUCUCCGUAUCUCCGUUCCGAGACGAUGCAUUUAUCGAGAGACAGUAUCGAGAAAAAUACAUCGGCGCAUACAAAAUAUUUUUGGAAAUUUCUUGUCUUUAUUGGAGGCGAAAAUUGAAUUUAAGGCUGUUCAUUUGGACCGGGAAAAGGCGCUUAUUUAAAGAUGCCCAUCUAGGGAUUUAUGGAGAAAGGGACUUGAAUCCACACUAUAUACUUUUUUUUGCUACUAUUUUAAUUUAUUUUUCGUGAACCGAAAUAUUUUUUGGCCAUAAUUAUUAACGAUAAUUAUGUGGGUGUUGGGUGUUGGAUUAUCAUGGGGUGAUUGUCAGCGGCGAAGCGUGGCGCUGUUGCCUUUAUUUUGAAACAUUCUACUCGGCUGACUAGUGCAAGCAUUUUUCUAUCUUGCCAGCUAGUUGGUUAAAUACCCCAUACGUGGGGUGUGAGUAAGAAAGAAGAUUGUUGCCAUAAAAAAAAUCUAGCUGGAAGGAGUCGAAUUUCAUUUUGCAUCAUUAUUUAGUGAUCAUUCUUACCGAUCAGAAUGGCUGAGAAUUUGCUGGACGUCGGACCUCCCAACGCAAAGCGACCGAAACUCAAUUCACCUGCGCUUUCAGCGUCAGAUGGUCCAGACCUGGUGUCGCUGUUCGACCUGGAGAAUGACCUCCCAGACGAGCUGAUCCCCAACGGGGACCUGGGUGGCCUGAUGAGCAUGCCCUCCAACGGUGCCCCUGGUGGGGGGGGAGGAGUGCCUGGAGGAGGUCCCCGGGGCCUGGGCUCCAUGGUCCCUGAUGCUGCCGCCAAACACAAGCAGCUGUCUGAGCUCCUGAGAGCGGGCGGUGCUGGGUCCGGUGGCAUGGGCCCCAUGAUGGGGAAAGUCCCCAUGGGCCAGGGCUCGCCCAACCAAGCCCAGAAAGGAAGCCCUGCCAGCGGACAACAAGGCAACGGCUCCAUGGCGGGCUUCAACCAGGCUAUGAUGAACAGCCAUGGACACGGGAUGCCGGGCCAGGUGAUGAACGGGGCCCUGGGGCCGGCAGGACGGGGCAGGCUGGGGCUGCAGCAGUACCAGCUCCAGGCCAUGCAGGGUGCUGGGGGGGGCGUGGGGCCGGGAGGCAGCAGUGUGCUGGCUGAGACUCUGGCUCAGGGAGGAGGGCAGAUGGGAGCUCACAACACCAUGAACGCCCAGCAGGCUAGCAACAUGAAUAAGAUGGCUAUGGCUGGCAGUCCUUUUGGGCAGCAGUACGGUCAGGGCGGGGCCCAGCAGCAGAUGGGGGUGAACGCCCAGCAGCAGCUCCGGAACAAGGCAGCCCUUGCCAACAGCCUGCCCCCCUUCCCCAGUGACCUGAAAGGGGCCAACAGCCUGCCCCCCUUCCCCAGUGACCUGAAAGGGGCCAGCAGCAUGCCAAACCUGGCCCAGAUGCAGCAGGUAUCCUCCAUGGUCCCUGGCGGUGGGGUGUCUGCAGCGACGGCGAGCCACACGGCCGACCCAGAGAAACGCAAGCUCAUCCAGCAACAGCUGGUCCUGCUGCUCCACGCCCACAAGUGCCAGCGGCGGGAGCAGGCCAAUGGGGAGGUGCGGGCCUGCGCCCUGCCACACUGCCGCACCAUGAAGAACGUCCUCAACCACAUGACCCAUUGCCAGGCCGGCAAGUCCUGCCAGGUGGCUCACUGUGCGUCGUCCAGACAGAUCAUUUCUCACUGGAAGAACUGCACGCGGCAUGACUGUCCCGUCUGCCUGCCGCUGAAGAACGCCAGCGACAAAAGGAACCAGCAGCCCAUGCUGGGUUCGCCCGGCGCCAGCCUGCAGAGUGCCAUCAAUGCCACGGUGGGCACAGGCCCUCCCGGCAGCUCCCCGGGUUCCUCCAUGAACAGUGGCGGGGUCAGCAGUGGGCACAUCGACCCCAGUUCCAUGCAGCGGGCCUACGCUGCCCUGGGCCUGCCCUAUGGUAACCAGUCCCCUGCUCAGGGACAGGGAGGACCUGGAGGACAGAACACAGCCCAGGGAGGGCAGCAGCUACGCUCCAUCAAUGCACUAGGCACUAACAUGAACAUGGCCGGAGGAGGGGUGGGCGUGCCCUCAGAGACCGGCAUGCUCUCGGACUCAUCGCUCCCCUCGUCGCUCAACAAUCAGUUGAUGCCAGACGGGUUGGGCAUGGGGGGCAUGGGCAACCUGCCGGGCGCCAACCCUCUCUCUGCCUCGGGGGUGAGGAAGACGUGGCACGAGCACGUCACUCAGGACCUACGCACCCACCUGGUGCACAAACUAGUACAAGCCAUAUUCCCCACCCCAGACCCCGCAGCACUGAAGGAUCGGCGGAUGGAGAACCUGGUGGCGUACGCUAGGAAGGUGGAAGGGGACAUGUACCAGUCUGCCAACAGCAGGGACGAGUAUUACCACUUCCUGGCGGAGAAGAUCUAUAAGAUCCAGAAGGAGUUGGAGGAGAAGAGGCGCUCGCGGCUCCAGAAGCAGCCUGGCCCCAUGGCAGUGGGGGGCCCAGGGGCCCAGCAGCAGCCUGGCAUGCCCCCUCAGCCGAACUCCAUGGGUCCUGGCCAGUCCCCACGGCCAUCCAAUGGAUCUGUGCCUAUGCCCAACAUGCCAAAUCAGAUCAUGCCCCGCAUGCAGGUGUCUCAAGGAAUCAAUCAGUUCAACCCCAUGGCAAUGCAGAACGUGCAGAUGUCCCAGGGGGCCCGCGCCGCCUCACCCAUGAACCACUCGCAGCAGAUGAACAUGAGCUCUGUCCCAGCGAUGGGCAUGUCCCCAUCCAGGAUGCCCCAGGUGCAAGGCAUGAUGGGACAGCACGCCAACAGCAUGGUGGGACAGACAGCCAAUCAGAGCCAGUUCAUGCCCCAGAGCCAGUUCUCUCCCAACACCGCCCCUGGCGGGGGUAUGAUUAUGAACAACCUGGGCUCCUCGGCCAGCCAAGCACAGGCAGCUGUCACUCAGGUGAGGAGGGAGACACUCACACAGAUGGGGCCCCAGCCGCCCCUGCCCCGCGGCACCCCUCCACCCAACGCCUCGGCUAACCUGCAGCAGCUCCAGCACCCCCACUCCCACCCACCCCCCCAGGCUCAGCCUUCACCGUCCUCCACCCCCACUCAUGUCCCCAGUGGUGGCCUCCCCGCCCGACCCCCCUCGACCCUGGGCAUGCAGUCCCCUGCUGCCCCCUCCCAGCCGCUCACGCCCCUGCAGCAUCAGCAACCGGGGACCCCCAGCCAGACGCAGCCCAGCUCAGUGCAGCCCCCCAGCACACCGCUGUCCCAGGCGCCAGCCAGUAUAGAUAACCGCAUGCCCACCCCAGGCUCGGUGGCAGAGGUCCACUCCCAACAGGCCCCACCAGACGUGACCCAAACGGAGCACAAAGCCGAGCUCAAAGACGAGGAGGACGACGAGGACGACGACUGUGGCACGGGGAAAAAGCAGCCCAGCGACUUCAAAAUGGAGCAGGACGAAGACCAAAAAGACAUCAAACCCCUCACGGUCAAGGAGGAGGAGCCAGACGGGGCGGAACCUAAGCAGGAGCCAAUGGAGACAAAGGAGGAGAAGAAGCCGGAGAUUAAGAAUGAACCCAAAGAGGAGGAGGAGGGCGGGGUCAACGGCACUUCAGCGUCCACCUCCCCCACCCAGAACCGCAAAAAAAUCUUUAAGCCAGAGGAGCUUCGCCAGGCCCUGAUGCCCACACUAGAGGCCCUCUACAGACAGGACCCAGAGUCUCUGCCCUUCAGACAGCCUGUCGACCCCAUGCUGCUGGGCAUCCCCGACUACUUUGACAUAGUGAAGAAACCUAUGGACCUGUCCACUAUAAAGCGGAAGCUGGACACAGGUCAGUACCAGGAACCCUGGCAGUAUGUGGAAGACAUCUGGGUCAUGUUCAACAACGCCUGGAUCUACAACCGCAAGACGUCCCGCGUCUACAAGUACUGCUCCAAGCUGGCCGAGGUGUUUGAGCUGGAGAUAGACCCCGUCAUGGUCAGCCUGGGCUACUGCUGUGGCAGGAAGUUUGAGUUCUCACCCCAGACCCUCUGCUGCUAUGGCAAGCAGCUGUGCACCAUCUCCAGAGACGGAACCUACUUCAGCUACCAGAACAGCUCACCCAAAUAUGGCCUUGUUGCCGACAGGUAUCACUUCUGUGAGAAGUGCUUCAACGAGAUCCAGGGCAAUAGCGUCACCCUGGGAGACGACCCGGCACAGCCACAGACUAUGAUAUCUAAAGACCAGUUUGAAAAGAAGAAAAAUGACAUGUUGGAUCCAGAACCGUUUGUUGAAUGUAAAGACUGUGGACGGAAGAUGCACCAGAUCUGUGUGCUGCAUUAUGAUGUCAUCUGGCCAUCGGGCUUCAUUUGCGACAUCUGUCUGAAGAAGUCCAGCAAGACGAGGAAAGAGAACAAGUUCGCUGCCAAAAGGCUACAGACGACGAGGUUGGGCAUGUACAUCGAGGACCGGGUGAAUAAGUACCUGAAGAGGCAGAACCACCCUGAGGCCGGGGAGGUGUUUGUACGGGUGGUGGCUAGCUCCGACAAAAAUGUUGAAAUCAAACCUGGCAUGAAAUCUAGGUUUGUGGACUCGGGUGAAAUGCAGGAGACCUUCCCUUACAGAACCAAAGCACUUUUUGCAUUUGAGGAGAUUGACGGUGUGGACGUGUGUUUCUUCGGUAUGCACGUCCAGGAGUACGGUUCCGAGUGCGCCUUCCCCAACACCAGACGGGUUUACAUAUCGUAUCUGGACAGUAUUCACUUCUUCAAGCCCCGGGCGUUGAGGACGGCAGUCUACCAUGAGAUCUUGAUAGGGUACCUGGAGUACGUUAAGAAACUGGGCUAUGUGUAUGGUCAUAUCUGGGCGUGCCCCCCCAGUGAAGGGGACGACUACAUCUUCCACUGCCACCCGCAGGACCAGAAGAUCCCCAAGCCCAAGAGGCUGCAGGAGUGGUACAGGAAGAUGCUGGAGAAGGCCUUCGCAGAGAGGAUCCUCCAUGAUUUCAAGGACAUCUUCAAGCAGGCCACGGAGGACCGUAUUACCAGUGCCAACGAGAUGCCCUACUUCGAAGGGGACUUCUGGCCCAACGUGCUGGAGGAGAGCAUCAAGGAGCUGGAGCAGGAGGAGGAGGAGAGGAAGAAGGAAGAGAAUGUGGCCUCCUGUGAGACCCCCGAGCACACUGCUGACAGCAAAAACGCCAAGAAGAAGAACAACAAGAAGACCAAUAAAAACAAGAGCAGCGUGAGCCGAGCCAAUAAGAAGAAGCCUGGCAUGCCCAAUGUAGCCAACGACCUGUCCCAGAAGCUCUACUCCACGCUGGAGAAACACAAGGAGGUGUUCUUUGUGAUCCACCUCCACGCGGGACCCUCGGUCAACACCCUCCCCCCUAUCAUGGAUCCAGACCCCCUGCUGACCUGCGACCUGAUGGACGGCCGCGACGCCUUCCUCACCCUGGCCCGGGACAAGCACUGGGAGUUCAGCUCUCUGCGGAGGUGCAAGUGGAGCACCAUGUGUAUGUUGGUGGAGCUGCACAACCAGGGCCAGGACCGCUUCGUCUACACCUGCAACGAGUGUAAACACCACGUGGAGACGCGCUGGCACUGCACCGUCUGUGAGGACUUUGAUCUAUGCAUCAACUGCUACGCUGCCAAGGGCCACGAGCACAAGAUGGUUAAGUGGGGCCUCGGGCUGGACGACGACAGCAACGGAGCGGGCGGUGCCGGGGGCGAGGCCUCCCAGAGUCCUCAAGAAUCCCGCCGCCUCUCCAUCCAACGCUGCAUCCAGUCCCUGGUCCACGCCUGUCAGUGCCGCAACGCCAACUGCUCGCUGCCCUCCUGCCAGAAGAUGAAGCGCGUGGUGCAGCACACCAAAGGUUGCAAGAGGAAGACCAACGGCGGCUGCCCCGUGUGCAAGCAGCUCAUCGCCCUGUGCUGCUACCACGCCAAACACUGCCAGGAGAACAAGUGUCCCGUGCCCUUCUGUCUGAACAUCAAGCACAAGCUGAGGCAGCAGCAGCUCCAGCACCGCUUACAACAGGCUCAGAUGAUGAGGAGAAGAAUGGCCACUAUGGCCGGGCGUGGAAUGGCACCUCAGAGCCUGCCGUCGCCACCUACCUCAGCCACCCCCGGCACCCCCACCUCGGGCGGACAGACCCCCAGCACACCCACCCACACCCCCCAGGCCUCCUUACCCAUCAGCCAGCCCCAGCAGCAGCCGCCCCCCAACGUGACAGCCGGCAUGGCCCAGCAACAACCCGGCUUUCCCAACAACGGACGCACCAGCCAGCCGCCAACGCCAGUUCCACAAGGGGGAAAGCCGGGGCCCCAGUCUUCCCCCCUACAUCAGGUGCAGUCGCCCCUGCCCAACAUACCCAACAUGACCCCCCAACAACAACAGAUUCCCCAACAACAACAACAACCGCCCCCGCUGGCCGCUCUGAAGAUGGCCCGGCACAUAGAGAUGGUGGCCAAGGCCAAGCAGCAGCAGCAGCAGCAACAACAGAACUACAACAUGAACAUGCCCAACGGUGUGCCCAUGAACCACCCCCGCAUGGUGGGGCCUAUGCAAGGCCAGAUGGGGCCAGGGCAGAUGCAGCAGAUGAUGGGGCCCCGGGGCCCCCAAGUGAUGCAGUCUAUGCAGCAGGGCCAGUGGGGCCCCCAGGGGGGGAUGCAGCAGCAGAACCCCCUCCAGAACCCCCAAGCGGUCCAACAACAGCAGCAAGGCCUACCCCAGCAAGGUGGACCCAUGGCCCCCCAACAGGCUCAGGGAAACUCCACUCAGUUGAUGCAGCAGCGGCCCAUGAUGCAGCAGCAGCCCGGCCUUCAGAUGCCCGGGGGGGUCCACAUGCCCCCCCAGGGUCCCCCUCAGCAGCAGGGCAUGACGCCACAGCAACAAGGGGGCAUGCCUCGGGGCAUCCCGGGAAACAUCGCCCCCAAUGCCCUGCAGGACCUCCUGAGGACCCUCAAGUCGCCCAGCUCUCCCCAGCAGCAACAGCAGGUGCUCAACAUCCUCAAGUCCAACCCCCACCUCAUGGCCGCCUUCAUCAAGCAGCGCACGGCCAAGUACCAGGCAAGCCAACUACCGGGCCAGCAGCAGCAGCAGAACCCCCAACAACAACAACAGAGCCCCCAGGCGAUCCUGGGAGGCCAGGCUGGGAUGCAGGCCAUGGCUGCUGCCAUGCAGGCUGGGGCAGUGCAGCAGAGGCCUGGGGUGGGCAUGCCCCCCCAGCAGCAGCAGCCUGGCCCUCAGCAAGUUGGUGGCCCCCAGGGUAUGGCCACCAUGGGCCCACAGGGACAACAACUGAUGAACGCCGCCGCACACAACGGCAACCCCCAGCUCUACCGCAGGCAGCUGCUCCGGAUGCAACAGAUGCAGCAGCAGCAGCAACAACAACAACAACAGCAACAACAACAACAGCAGCAACAACAACAACAACAGCAAGGAGCCAUGCCCCAGGGCCUUCCAGGCCAGUUCCCCCAGCAGCAGGGAGGAGCAGCCAGCUACUCCCAGCUCCGCAUGCAGCACAGAGGGCCAUGCAGCUCCCCCAUGGCCCAGAUGGGGCAGCCCGGCAUGGGCAUGGACGGGCCCCAGGCCCAAAACCUCCUCCAGCAGAGGAUGCUCCAGCAGCAACAGCAGAUGCUGAAGCAGCAGAUGGGCUCUCCAGCCCAGGCCAACUCCAUGAGUCCCCAGCCCCACAUGCUCCAAGGACAGCCUCAGGGAGGAGCUCACCUGCCUGGCCAGGCGAUGGGCAACGCCCUGGGCAAUCAGGUUAGGUCUCCAGCCCCGGUGCAGUCGCCCCACCCUCCCUCACAGCAGCCCCCACAUUCCAGCCCCUCCCCCCGGAUACAGCCCCAUCCCUCACCCCAACACACCAACCUCCACUCCGGUUCACCCCACCCCAGUCUGGGCGGCCUCAUGCCAGGCUCCAUGGACCAGGGACACAUGGGCACGCCCGAGCAGAGCGCCAUGCUCCCGCAGCUCAACACGCCGAGCCGUGGCAGGCUUAGCAAUGACUUGAAUAUGGUGGGCGACACCACAGGAGACACACUCGAGAAGUUUGUUGAAGGAUUGUAGCAUUUUGUGACGAGACUUGUUUGGUUUUCUCGGUUUUCCACAAAUAACUUUUUGUACUGACUGCUAUGUAAAGAGAUGAGGCCUAAGGACUGUGAACCUUUCCUUAAACCAAGGGACUGCUAUUUCUUCCAACAAAACGGAGGAAUUUGAAUAAUUAUUGCUGUUUAAAGAGGAGAAUGGGGGGGAAAAAACACAUAUUUUGGGGUUCAGACCAGCCAUGAAAAUAAUUUUGUUUUAAUUUGUAUUAUUAUUUGUUUUAUGUCUCUGGUAUGUACUUUUUUUAAUGACACCUUCUCAAAACGAGUCUUUCAUUUUAUUUUUCAAUGUUUUUAUUUUGUACCUUUGCAAAAAAAAUCAUAGCGUUUUUGUGUUGAGAAGAUUGUAAAAUAAUUUUGUCUGAACUUUUUGUGCCAGGUUUUGCAUCUUUGCUCCCUCUUCAUUCCUGGCUAAUUUAUUAUUAUAAUGUACCAUUUUUCAAAAAAGGGCACAUGCCUUUAGGUGAGACUUAUUUUCUUUCCGUACUGCAGAAGAGUCCUUGUGGGAUAUUAACGUAUUUGUAUAGAGCUAGGAACUAUCGCACACCCAAACACCACGUUCAGGUGUGAACAACUGACUCUCUCAAAUGCUCCUUCGUCCACAGCUGCCGGAAUGUUUGUUUUCUACUGGCUUGGAACCAGUAUCUCUGUCCUCCAGAUGUUGGACAUCUUUGUUUCUUUGUUUAUCCUUCAAUCUGAAGUCUAGAUCCCCCCCCCCCCGGGCUUAACUGUGGCGUGGGGUGUACCUUUUGGACUGCUUGCUGAUUUGUGAUUGGAGAGCGUUCUGUGCAUCUUUUUUCCUCUUGCAUUAAACUUGAAUUGAGGUGAAACUGUUCACUGUUGUAAAUCAUGCAGGUUGACAAUGUAAAUAUGCAGAAAAAGAAGAAUGAAUCACUGUACAAACUGGUUAAAAAUGACUCAUUUCGUACUUAUAUACCAUAUUGUUAAAUAAACUGUGUGCAAACAGACAACAA